GAGGGGGGGAGGAGGAGGCCACAACCUUGUUUGGAUGAAAGGAUGGAGGGAGGAGGAGGCGGGUUGAUAAACUCCAUCACAGCACCUCAGAAUCCCACUUCUGUCCUGCCCCCACCUCCACAUCAGCCCCACAGGUCCUGAUCUGCCACGUGUGACUCGGUGUCGUAGCUUCAUCGCUUGUCCACAGCACCCUCUGCAGCCAUGUGUGAUGAUGAGGAGAGCACCGCUCUGGUCUGUGAUAAUGGAUCUGGUCUCUGUAAGGCCGGGUUUGCUGGAGAUGAUGCUCCCAGAGCUGUCUUCCCAUCCAUUGUGGGCAGACCCAGGCAUCAGGGAGUGAUGGUGGGUAUGGGGCAGAAGGACAGCUACGUGGGAGACGAGGCUCAGAGUAAGAGAGGAAUCCUCACGCUGAAGUACCCCAUCGAACACGGCAUCAUCACCAACUGGGACGAUAUGGAGAAGAUCUGGCAUCACUCAUUCUACAACGAGCUACGAGUGGCUCCGGAGGAGCAUCCCACCCUGCUGACAGAGGCACCACUCAACCCCAAAGCCAACAGGGAGAAGAUGACCCAGAUCAUGUUUGAGACCUUCAAUGUUCCUGCCAUGUAUGUGGCCAUCCAGGCUGUCCUAUCUCUGUAUGCCUCCGGACGCACCACAGGUAUCGUUCUGGACUCCGGUGAUGGCGUCACCCACAAUGUUCCGAUCUAUGAGGGCUAUGCUCUGCCGCACGCCAUCAUGAGGUUAGACCUGGCAGGCCGUGACCUCACCGACUACCUCAUGAAGAUCCUGACUGAGCGAGGCUACAGCUUUGUCACCACUGCGGAGAGGGAAAUUGUGCGCGACAUCAAGGAGAAGCUGUGUUACGUGGCUUUGGACUUCGAGAACGAGAUGGCAACAGCAGCCACCUCGUCGUCUCUGGAGAAGAGCUAUGAGCUUCCUGAUGGUCAGGUGAUCACCAUCGGCAAUGAGAGGUUUCGCUGCCCUGAGACGCUGUUCCAACCAUCUUUUAUAGGAAUGGAGUCGGCUGGAAUCCACGAGACAACCUACAACAGCAUCAUGAAGUGUGACAUUGAUAUCCGUAAGGACUUGUACGCCAACAAUGUUCUGUCAGGAGGAACCACCAUGUACCCAGGAAUUGCCGACCGUAUGCAGAAGGAAAUCACUGCACUGGCUCCAAGCACCAUGAAGAUCAAGAUCAUCGCCCCUCCAGAGAGGAAGUACUCGGUGUGGAUUGGUGGCUCCAUCUUGGCCUCCUUAUCCACCUUCCAGCAGAUGUGGAUCAGUAAGCAGGAGUAUGAUGAGGCUGGACCCUCCAUCGUCCACCGCAAGUGUUUCUGAAGAACCCACCUGGCGUUUGUGCUCUGCAGCCCCUCUUCAGUUUCAGCACUGCCUUUAUUGUAACCUGCACUGAGCACCAGCUAACAGACCCCAAGUCAGCUCUCCAAAAACAGCAGCAGGAGUUUCUGUGGUGGGCAAGAAGAUGCUGAAACACCUAACAGGAAGUGAUGUCAUGUUUAGCCAAGUUAAGCUUUAAAUAUACAGAAUGUUGGAGAUUUUCAGCUCAAACAUCCCCUCCUUUUGCUCACCUUAAAACUGUGAAUGUGCUACUUGUACACCUUCCGUAACUCUGCCAUUUACACCUCCUUUUGCCCCGCCCCUUCCCUCCUCCAUGUUGUUCUCUCGUCAAAAACUGUUUAAUUUGUAUUGAGUAAAGCUUGAAUGUUGUUCGCUAGUGUUUUCCUUCCACCAUUGGGGAGCAGAGCACACUUGCAUUGCGUUGUGAUGUCCCAGCAUGGUUCAACUCUGGCUGGCUAGCAGGAGGCGUGGCCUCAAGGAUGUAAACCAUACGAACAGGAGUUGAAUGACCCAGAAGAAUAAAAAGCUCUGAAACAA